AAGUUUCCUUAACCAAUCAUUUUGAUAUGGCAUCACAGUAUCUUCAUCUGUUUAUAGUUGAUAGAAAAUCUAUAACAUAAAUACUGUGAUAUGUAAAUUACGGUAGAGGAGAUGUAAAUAAUAACUUUAAGUGAAAAAAUAGGGUUUGUUGUGUUCGCAGGUAUACAAUUUGAUUCGAUAUGCCUAAGUUUUUAAAUGCUAUGAGUGAGAUGCGAAGACGGCGGAGACGAAGACAUGAAAAUGAGCUAAGGUUUAAUUGUCUGGAUUCAAAACAAGAAAAUAGAACUAAAACAUAUAACGCUCAACCAAAGGUUGUAGUAAAUAUGGAUGUGUGUUCCCCGAGGAACAGUUCUACAAUUGAAACCAGCAACUUUCAAUCAACCAGCAACUUUGAAACCAGCAACUUUCAAUCAACGGCUGUAGUAAACAGUGAACCAUUAGAAUACGACGAUGACAUUUACUUAACGCAGCUAAACUCUAAAGAUGUGUGUACCUCUGACCACAGCAAGGUUGGCCAAUUGACAUAUGAUAAAGGUCAAGAAUUUCUUUACAUUAAGUCUGAAGAGAUCGCUGAUACAUAUAACGCUCAUCCAAAGGUUGUAGUAAAUAGUCAAUCCGAAUAUGACAUCCCCACAACUCACGUAAAUUCUAUGGAUGUGUGUUCCUCGAAGAACAGUUCUACAAUUGAAACCAGCAACUUUCAAUCAACGGCUGUAGUAAACAGUGAACCAUUAGAAUACGACGAUGACAUUUACUUAACGCAGCUAAACUCUAAAGAUGUGUGUACCUCUGACCACAGCAAGGUUGGCCAAUUGACAUAUGAUAAAGGUCAAGAAUUUCUUUACAUUAAGUCUGAAGAGAUCGCUGAUACAUAUAACGCUCAUCCAAAGGUUGUAGUAAAUAGUCAAUCCGAAUAUGACAUCCCCACAACUCACGUAAAUUCUAUGGAUGUGUGUUCCUCGAAGAACAGUUCUACAAUUGAAACCAGCAACUUUCAAUCAACGGCUGUAGUAAACAGUGAACCAUUAGAAUACGACGAUGACAUUUACUUAACGCAGCUAAACUCUAAAGAUGUAUGUACCUCUAACCACAGCAAGGUUGGCCAAUUGACAUAUGAUGAAGGUCAAGAAUUUCUUUGCAUUAAGUCUGAAGAGAUCGCUGAGGACAAGACUCCAGAAGUAACUGAUAAUUUCAUGCUAUACGAAAUAAAUGCAAGAAAUUCGGUAGUACUGAAUGUAAAUCAACUUAAUACUGAGUUUGACAAACAUACAAAAAAUCAUGCGUCUGAAAUUGUAGUUACACAACAUCUACAGCUUCCACGUUCUGAAAAUUCAAAAAUUCGAAUACAAAAUGCAGCAACAUCAAAAAUUGCUACUGCUAAUGACACAACAACCAACCGAUUAAUCCCUCAAACACCAUAUUUUGUGGAAAUACCCGGAAAAUCAAGCUUACAACAGAAAGCAUCGAGCGGAAGAAAAGUGGCUUCUUUAAAAAUAAAUAAAACUCGCCAUGCAAAAAUGCUAACAAACUUCAGCGAAGGGACGAGUAAGUGCGCUUGUCAUUUAAAUCCAAUGAAAAACGUCGAUGUUCAUAGCAAUUUAGAACUGAAAGAUUUCUUUGAAAGAAUGUUUGAGGAGACGCGCAAAUUGAAACUCGAAGACCGUCAAACGAUUAAAACAGAAUUGCUCAAAGCAGUUUCUCAAGCUCAAGAAGACGUGGAAGCUGGAAAGUUUUGUGAAAAGUGCUAUACAAUGUUGGCACAACCAAAGAAGAGAUGUUGAUGAAUGAUUGUGGAAAUCUCAAAUUACAUAAUUGAUUUCAAUACACGCUUACAAAAAUGUUGUAUUAUCUGCCUGAUAAGCAUGCACAGUACGUAGCACUUUUCAUUUCAGUACAAAUUUAAAUAUUUAAGUCAUUAAUUUAAUUUUGCACGUGGUGAUAUGAAGAUGCACAAAUUAUUCACUGUAAGAAUAUUUUUUUUAUUGCUUUAGUUGCACAGGCAAUUCAGUUUAUUUUCCCCCAAGU